UCAUGAUACUGAUAGCAACCGGAAGGCUACAAUAGUUUAUAAAUCUUUUUUCUAUUUAUGGUUUUAUUUAGAAAUUAUGAGUAUAGAUUUCAAAAAUGAGGACGAAGUUAAAGAUUACAUCAAAAACUUGGGAACCGAGUACCGGUUCGGCUGUUUCAAGGAAAAGAAACCCGAAGUCUGUCAUCUACUUGGAGAUUAUUUAGAAUCUAUAUCGAAAGAUUAUCACAAAGCUGGUCGUGUUUACAAGUCGAACUGCGAUGAUUACAAUUUUGCAAAAAGUUGUUACAAGAUGGGAUAUUAUUACAUUUCUGGGAAAGGAGGUUUUGAAAGAUCAACGGAGAAGAGCUCACAAUAUUAUGAAAAAGGGUGUGACCUCGGUGACACAGACUCUUGUUUUAGAGCAGGAUUUGUUAAUAUAAUCACUAGUAAAGCACAAAACUCGAAGCAAGGUUUUCUCCAGGGGUUGAGUAGACUGAAAAAGGGCUGUGAUGCCAAUCAUGCUGAUGCAUGCCACCAUUUGAGUUCCUUGUAUCUGGACGAAAAUUCAAAUACGAAAGAUUUCCUAUCCAAAGAUAUGAAAAAAGCCUUCGAGUUCGCCCAGAAAGCGUGCCAUUUGGGAAACAUUUACGCUUGCGUCAACGUGAGCAUAAUGUACAGAAAAGGCGAAGGCGUAGAAAAGGAUCAGAAGAAGAGUGAAAAUUAUAAAAAAAUGGCCUUAGAUAAAAAAAAGGAACAGGAAAACGAAAGGCCGCUUGUAUUCCAAGAAGGUCUUAAAUAAAUCAUCUAGUGUACAUAACUUUGGUAAGGAUUUAUUAAUUGUUCCUUUUCCUGCGAGGUGUCUUGUUAAUCCACUAGUAAUUAAACCGUUGAAUGUUUAUUGAA